CCACAAUGAGCCCCUGGGACUAUCCAAUUGAGCAUAUCUCUUCCCCCCUAGACCAACCCACAGCUUGUUGCUUUGUCUACCCCCUUUCAUCCAACCCAUUCCUCCAUUCAUUUAAUCAGUCGUCCAAUUCAUUAUACGCGCAAUAUGUCACCGCUUUUCGACGCCCUCAAGGUUGGACGCAUGUCCCUACAACACCGCAUGGCCAUGGCACCCAUGACCCGCACCCGUGCCAGCGCCAGCCAUGUUCCCCUGCCUUCCGUGAAGGAAUACUACGCCCAGCGCGCCGCCGUCCCCGGCACGCUUUUAGUCACCCCCGGCAUCUACAACGAAGAACAAAUCGACGCCUGGCGCGAGGUCACGGGUGCCGUCCACGCCCAAGGAUCCUUUAUCUAUCUCCAGUUGUGGGCGCUAGGCCGCGCGGCAAACCCGGGUUUGCUCCAGCAGCAAAAUCUCGAUCUUCUGUCGAGCAGUGACGUGCCCAUGAAGAGUGCCUUUAGCGAUGAGGUGCACCAGCCCCGGGCCAUGACCGAGGUCGAGAUCCACGGAGCCAUCGGUGAUUUUGCAGCGGCUGCCAAGAACGCCAUUCGGGCUGGGUUUGAUGGUGUCGAGAUUCACGGUGCUAAUGGGUACCUUGUCGACCAAUUCAUUCAGGAUGUCUCGAAUCACCGCACCGAUGUCUGGGGAGGAGAUAUCCCUAAACGCUCGCGGUUCGCCGUGGAGGUCACUCGUGCUGUCGUGGACGCAGUGGGCAAUGACCGGACGGCAGUUCGGUUGAGUCCCUGGAGCAGAUACCAGGGCAUGGGAAUGACUGACCCGAUUCCGCAAUUCUCCGACCUGGCGCAGCGCCUGGCAGAGUUCCGGCUGGCGUAUCUGCACGGUUGUGAGUGGACCGAGGGUGAGAGCCUCGACUGGUUGAUGGAGUCGUAUGGAAAAGCCGGCCCCGUGGUGACGGCAGGGAAUUACAAUGGAGAGACGGCGCGACAGGCACUCGAGCAGCAGUAUCGCAACCGAGAUGUGGUGGUGGCAUUCGGACGGCCUUUUAUCUCCAACCCCGACCUUCCUUAUCGGGUGAAGAACCAGAUUCCGUUUGCCCCUCUUGAUUUCAAGACCUUGUAUUCGCAGGCAUCCGAGGGCUACAUAGACUACAAGCCCAGCAAUGAGUAUGCAGCAGCAUCGCAAUCCGCAUGA